AGGGAACAGUCUGAGAGUAGAGACAACAUUCCAGCAGUGGAAUCCUGACCAGAGGAAAACAAGAAGAUUGUGAGCUCUCCUAACAUGAUGCCUACAGCUAAAGGCAUGUCCCAGAUGAUUCCCAACCAUGUUCUGAGAGUGGGUCAAACUAUUCGCAUGGACACUGCUCAGGAGACAGCCAAUCAACAUCCCAGUCCCACGAGGCCCAGUGGUAACCAUGGUGACUCUGACCUCGACAUCUCACUGGAUAAUCUCAACCAGAUCAUGCUGGAUUUGGAUCCGACAUUUGAACCCAUUCAGGUCAACAAAAGUCCGUCAUGCAUCAGCCCACCUGCAGAUCAAGAUAUCUACAACUGCGUGUUGGUCCCAAGAGGAUGUUCGUCCAGCGACUCGCAUACCACGGGCCAGUCUGUGUCACCCAGUAUACCCAUCCCUUCACACAGCAGUCUCAGCUGCAGGACCAAUGGCAUGCCGGUAUUCUCCAGCUCCCCAACGUGCUCACUGCCUCCGCUGCCAUGUGGAAGUGCACCCCGAAGAAUUCCCUCAACAAGGCAGGACAUGUCGUUUUCACAAGGAUCCCUCUUGUCACACCCCAACAGAAACAGUGCCAGCUCGCUCCUCUCCAUGUCAACAUGCUCAGACACCAGCUACAUCCUUGGCAGCUCCCUGUCGUUGGCCAGUGAAGAUGCGGACUCUCCAGAGUCCAACCUCACCGGUACGCCCGGCUCCUUCAGUGAUGUGUCCACACUGAGGCUGUUUUAUACCAGCCCAGACAGGCCCUCACUGACCAAACAGGGACACCUGCAGGAGCUCCACAGCAAAGGAGCACAGAGCAGUCCAGCUUCACUCUCUGGGUCUUUGACCGACAUUCCUAUACUGUUGGUGAAUGGUGCACCAGAACCAAAUCUGCACAUCCAUUUGCCUGGACCAGGAAUGGACUUGAUACAGACAGACACUGUGUCCCCCUCGAAGCCAUUUUCUUCUCACAGUGUCCGGGCCCGUUUUAGUGGCAGUCAGCCCUCGAUGAAAUUUGUCAUGGACACUUCAAAGUUUUGGUUCCGUCCACAUAGCAGCAGAGCAGAAGCUGAAGCUCUGGUAAAAGACAAGGAAGCUGGAACAUUUGUGGUGAGAGACAGUACCUCUUUCAGAGGCAGUUUCGGUCUGGCCAUGAAGGUGAACCUAAGUCCCACCAACUUCACUGCUUCCGCCUACCCAGGAGAGAGCAGUUCAGACGCUGUCAGACAUUUCCUCAUUGAAUCAUCCACUAAGGGCGUACGUGUCAAAGGAUCUUCUCAGGAACCAUAUUUUGGUAGUCUCUCAGCCCUGGUCUACCAGCACACUAUCUCCGCUUACGCCUUACCCUGCAAAUUACUGCUCCACUCCCAAGAUCUGGACACAGCAGAGGAAAAGACAAAGGACAAACCAGCCUCAGAGAACAAGAAUAAAGCAGCUUGCAACUUCAUCUACCUGAAUGCUGUUCCCACGGAGAUGCUGACGGGCCCUUGUGCUGUUCAGAGAGCAGUGUCUGCAACAUUUGAGAAGGUCUCAGGAUCCUUUACACCAACUGUGGUCAACCUGAAGGUGUCGUUGAAGGGUGUUACACUGACAGAUAUUAACAGGAAGCUUUUCUUCAGACGCCAUUACCCUGCUCACCUGCUUAGCUACGGUGGUGACGAUCCAGACAAUAGAUUGUGGAUGAAAGGUACUACGUUUGGUGCAAGGAUGUUUGGCUUUGUGGCCAAAGGCAUCGAGGCAGGCAUGGAGAACGUAUGCCACGUCUUUGCAGAGUAUGACCCCCUGCAGCCUUGCAACAAAGUCGUCGAGGUUAUUCAGGCUGCCGUAGCCAAGCUAUAAGCACACAAGCACUCAAUCAACUCAAACAGCGUGCAGCUUUGCGGCCUUAUUUAAUGCUGUCUGUAUGAACUGUAAAUUCUGAAGUAACCUCUUCAGUACCAGAAAAAUGUAAAUGACAAGCGCUUAGCAUUUUUUUGUACAUGGUCAGAUGAUUAAAGUCAUAUUGAAAAGGCAGGUGUAACUGCAGCAUAUAUGAAGAUAUACAAGACUGAAGAGUGGUCUAAUAAGAAGAGACAGGGGGCCAACAAUGUAUAGUAUGAUUGUAAUUAAAUGGCACACUGCUACUUAAAAUAUCACACAACAUUAUUGAUCUCUUGCUGAAUAUAUGAAGCUGCCCAGAAUAUCAUUACAUGUUAUUGUGUAAAAUGUUUAAAACAGCUUCUUGCAUAUACAGAUGGGUUAAGACAUGGUUCAGCAGUUUAUUUAGUCUUGUUUGCGAUGUUGAAUGAUUUCAGUGUAAAUUGAAGUGUAAAUCUACUUCAGGUGAUGUUAUGAAAUGUAAAUCAAUGAGGGAAUUUGAAUGUUCUGUAACGAAAAGCACUUGAAAUAUUGUUUCGUCCUUUUAUUUCAAAGCAGAGUUUUUGCAUAUACUCUAGUUGUAUAGGUCAGAAUGUAUUUAUUAUACUGCACUGUAAACAAUUUCUCUGUAUAUUAAUGGAACUUUUGUUCAAAUUGUUUCAAUUAAAAGCUACACAUUGAACUCCUGAGGUUGUGUGUGGGUGGGCCUACACGUGUUUAUUUGUGAGCGAACUAUCUUUUUCCAUUACCUCAACAUCAAAGCGUCUGUACAGAGUCUGAACAGGGCCUCACAUAAUCACUGUAAAACAAUAUAUGUGGUUAGUCUUUGUGUCUUCCAGUGAGUCCAUUUAAGCUUGUGAUGGAAAACAUUGGACAGAAAACACAACAGUCUGCACAUAUUUCUUUUUUUAUUUUAAAUAAUAUAUCGUAAGAUAAAGGCCUAAUGCUUUUUUUUUGAAGUUACAGAGCUCUCAAAACGAAGAGUGUGCUUCAUGAAGCAAAGCAAACUUAAGCAUAGAACUGCAUAGAUAAUACCUUUAAAUAUUCUCCACAUAUUCCGAGGCACCCAAAUGCAACGCACAAUGGUCCAGUUCUUGUUUCCAAUAUCUUUGGUGCCAAACAUGAUACUUAGAAUAAAAACUCUAGAUCUAAGGUGUAACAGAUAGCAUGUGUUACACAACCCCGAGUGGAGCUUUGAAUAGACACUGCAGUGUUAACUAUGUACAAAUACUGCCCUCCUCUGGUUGAAGACAGGGAAUCUCUGAGACACUCUGCGAGUGUUGAGAGUGUGACUGCUGUUAGGAUCACAGAGAGCAUAAAGCAUACAUUUUUUGUUUGAUAUUGUUUUUCUUCACAUACAGAAUAGACUGCCAUGACAAAGACCUUCAAAAUGAACACGUUGUGGGUAUUUCUCAGUGCUAAUGUUCAUCUUAGGGCUGGAAGUGUCUGCAGUGCAAGCAUUUAGGGAUUGUAUGACAGUUAUUUAACAGGGGAGGGGGUGAACACUGUAUUUCUUCUUGUUUGAAAAGCAUGGACCUGUCUUCUAAUAUGUUCAUUGGACCCGUUGAUAAUGAUAAAGAGGAAAAAUUCCACACCCUCCCCACAAUUUAUCUUUGUAAUGUUACACUAUUGAAUAAAGACAAUUUAUUUUGCUAUCAAAAACAAAGAGUGCACAAAGAACUGUGCACUCUAGUUUAAACUACUAGUUGAGUAGUAGAAGUAGUAUUGCUACUACGUCCUACUACUUCAGAUCUCAGCUGCAUGCUUGCAAUAGCUCACACUGUUCACACUGUAUGUAUGUCAGGGUGGUGUAAGUCAAAGGAAAAUUAUUUGUAUGAUGUAAUGAGCAUUAUAAAAUGGGUCAACAGUGUAAUAAAAUGACUGUACAUGUAAUACCGACUCGAAAAAAUAUAUUCAGUGUUAGUCAAAAGUGAAAGUGAUUUUAUAAUGAAAAAUAGCUUUCGAAUAGUGGCAAAUUUUAGCAACAUAACAAAAUUAUCUAUCAAAUA